AUGCUUGUGAUUGGUGAAAAUUAUACUAGCCAAAUGUUGCAAAAACUAUUAAAAAAUCUUAAAUUAAAUAAUAAAUUAUUCCCCGUUUUACUAAUUGUUUUUGAUGGGGAUUUUAAUGUUAUUUUUGCAAAACAUAAUUUUAAACUCAAUGAUGAAAUUUAUGAUAUUGUGAAAGAUUUAGAGCUAUAUGUAGAGGUUAUGGAUAAACAAGACGGUGCUGAUCAACUAAAAGAUUGGGAAGAUUCUCCAAUCUUUAAAAUAAAAAGGAAUACAAGUAAAAUCUUGAAUAGCAUUAAUGACUAUGUAACGUUUGAAAAAGAUGAUGCCAAUAUUCGUACAGAUUUGGAAUCUAAUUAA